CAAGGGUGAUUAGAUUAGGCUAAAUGGCGGUGUUAAUCAUGUUCCCUUUAAAUUAGAGGCGCUGGCAUCACCCACCUCCCUCCCUCCACUGACUCCACAACCUCCUCCGCUCGCCUCGCCAUCUUAACCAAACCAACUCCCAACACACCACAGCCUGCGUCGCCCGCCAUGGCGUUCACGACGCCGCCUGCUCACGAGAGCCACCGCAGCCGUAAGGCCGCCGUCGACCCUGCGGCCUCCCCGGCGACCAGGUGGCGGACGCGCCGGGAGCAGGAGAGCUACUCCUCCAAGCUGCUCGACGCGCUGCGCCUGGUCAGCGCGGGUGGGGGCAGCGCCGCCGCCCCGCCGCGGUCGGGGCGGGAGGUGCGCGACGUGGCCGACCGCGCCCUCGCCGUCGCGGCGCGCGGCCGGUCACUGUGGAGCCGCGCCAUCCUCGCCUCCCGCGCGCGCGCGUGCCGCCGCCGCGCGCUCCGCCGGGCGCGCUUCGGCGCGGCGCCGCCCCCCGCCGUGACCCUGCGUUCGGCGGCGGCGCCCCUGGCGAGCAAGGCGAAGGUGCUGGGGCGGCUGGUGCCCGGGUGCCGGAAGCUGGCGUUCCCGGCGCUCCUCGCGGAGGCGUCGGACUACAUUGCGGCGCUGGAGAUGCAGGUGCGCGCCAUGGCGGCGCUCGCGCAGGUGCUCCAGGCCGUGGCGCCUCCGCCGCCGCCGCCGUGAUCUCCACCACCACCUUCAUCGUCGUCUCCAAACAAGGAUUUGGUCUGUGUCUGUACAUGCCUUCUUUUUGUCUUUUUGGAGGGCUAGCUCGGCCAUUGUCGUUAGUGAAUUGAAGGUGAAAAAUCAUCAACAACUCACUCACAGUGCUAGUGGUUUGUUUAGUGCUCCAAUUUUUGGGUUAGCAGCAAAGCUCGUGCCAUCUGCAGUAGUAAAAGCAAGCACUAAAUAGUAGUGUGUGUAGCGUAGCACGAGAUUUCUUCUUAUUUUUCCAUACGCGUUUUUGAGUAUGCAUGGUGAAUCCAUCAAGAGAGUGAUUGCGAAAAUGAAUGGGAU